AUGCUUCCGUCCAAAAGGAAACUCUUCACUGAAAAUGAAGAGUACAAUGAGAGCUAUGUGCUUCUUUUCACAAUCGCUUCUUCCAUGAUUUGGAUUAUGGUGCCCGGUUUGGCUUUUCUAUACUCGGGUUUGGCCCGCCGGAAGUCGGCCCUUUCGAUGAUAUGGAUUUGUAUCAUGUCGUCAUUCAUUGGUAUCUUCCAAUGGUACUUCUGGGGAUACUCAUUGGCUUUUGCCAGCUCUAGCAACAACUUCAUUGGUAAUCUAGAUGCCUUUGGCUUGAAACAUAUUGUGGGUAAGAGCGGCCCUGAUUCUGAAUACCCCGAAAUCGCUUUCACCAUUUUUCAGAUGCAAUUUUUGCUCGUGACGUUAGCCAUUCUUGCUGGUGCGUGUGUGGCGGAGAGAGGCCGUUUCUUACCUUCGUGCGUCUUUUUAUUUUGCUGGGCAACCAUCGUCUACUGUCCUGUAGUGUACUGGAUCUGGGGUGGAGGAUGGGCCUCGUCUUGGAGAGGAGGAGUAUUGGACUAUGCCGGUGGUGGGCCCGUGGAAAUCUUAUCCGGUGUCUCCGCGUUCGUCUACUCUGCCUUUUUGGGCCGGCGUCACGAGAAUUUGAUGAUCAACUACAGACCACACAAUAUCUCGACUAUAUUUUUGGGCACCUGUUUAUUGUAUGUCGGUUGGUUGUUUUUCAACGGAUUUUCGUGUGCUAAUGCAUCCGUUAAAGUGCCAUAUUCGAUGCUCAACACACAUUUGGCUGGUGCUUUUGGUGCCAUUUCGUGGUGUCUUUUAGAUUUCCGCUUGGAAAACAAGUGGUCAAUGGUGGCUGUGUGUUCGGGCUGUAUUUCUGGGCUUGUCGCAGCAACACCAUCUUCGGGUAUGAUCCCACUCUGGGCCUCUGUCAUUUUAGGUAUCGUGGCUGGCGUGGUAUGUAACUUCCUGACUAAGUUAAAGUACUUGUGUCGCGUGGAUGACUCCCUUGAUGUUUUGGCAGAGCACGGAAUCGCCGGCAUGGUGGGAUUGCUUUUCAACGGAAUUUUUGGCUCGUCUACGGUUAUCGGCUAUGACAAUGUCACGGACCACGCUGGAGGUUGGAUCGACCACAACUGGAAACAGCUUUACAUUCAAUUCGUGUACAUCCUUGCAACCACGGCCUAUUCUGCCGGUGUGACAGCAGUAUUAUGUUUCGUGAUCAACUACAUUCCGGGAUUGCAGUUGCGUGUGGAUUACAACGGUGAAGAGAAGGGUGUUGACGAAGACCAGAUUGGCGAGUUUGCCUACGACUAUGUAGAGGUGCGGCGUGACUUUUUGGACUGGGGAGUUCCGGCAGCUACGCCUACAGCUCCAGAAAGCACCAACGGAGAGAUUUUUCAUGCUGUGUCAACAAGCAACGACACAGCAGCACACAGCAUUGCAGAGAAGCAAGAUUAG